UGUAAACUUGCAUAGUAAAAUUACGGUGGAGGGGAUAAAUUUUUCUGCCAUUACAUGCCUUUUCCUCAAUGGUUGAACUUGGUGCAAUACUCCAAAAGACCUAGGCCCUAUCAUUGAACAACUUCCGAGGAUGCCGAAACUGAUCGAACAUGCUGGCGUGGCGCGGCGCCGACAUGACUGGGAGGGGGACUGUUAAAGAAAUCAUUCAUCGGAGUGCGCCUAUGUAAAAAUUGCAACACUUCACCAUGAUGGCAACCAAUCUUGAGCUGCAACCCUUGAUAAAAUUUGGAGACUAUUAGUAACGAACUUCGUUCAUCAUUACCGAGUUUGACAGCACAAUGGCGUUUGCGCAGGUAGUCAUUGGUCCACCGGGUGCCGGGAAGACCACCUACUGCAAUGGCAUGAAGGAGUUCCUGACACACCUCGGGCGAAAAGUUGCCGUGGUCAAUCUGGAUCCGGCCAACGACUCCCUGCCGUAUGAUGCAGCGGUGGACAUCGCUGACCUGAUCACCGCCUCAGACGUGAUGGACAAACUGAAACUGGGUCCCAACGGCGGCCUGGUCUACUGCAUCGAAUAUCUGGAGAAGAACGUGGACUGGCUUGAGUCUCAGCUUGAGCCCUUGGCCAAGGACCACUACCUCCUCUUUGAUUGCCCCGGGCAGGUGGAACUUUACACGCACCACAACUCAAUGCGGAACAUCGUGGCCCUUCUUCAGAAGUGGAAAUACAGUCUGGUAGCCGUUCAUCUUGUCGACUCCCACUACUGCAGCGAGCCUGCCAAGUUCAUCUCAGUGCUACUGACGUCCCUCUCCACAAUGCUCCAAAUGGAGCUUCCGCAUGUCAACGUCCUCUCCAAGAUUGACCUCGUCGAAAAAUACGGAAAGCUGGCUUUCAAUCUGGAUUACUACACGGAGGUGCUGGAUCUCCAAUAUCUCCUGCAGUACCUGGAAGGCGAUCCUUUCCUGAGGAAAUUCAAGAAGAUGAACGAGGCCCUUGUUGGUGUGAUCCAGGACUACAGUCUGGUCUCAUUUGUCACACUGGACGUACAGGACCGUGAAAGCAUGCUGGAGGUCCUGAAGGUGGUCGACAAAGCCAAUGGCUACGUCUUCGGGGACUUGGAAGAACGCAAUAUGCAGGCUCUCAUGUCCUGCGCAGUGGGAGCUGACUUUGAGUACUUCAAGACAGCCACUGCCCAAGAGAAAUAUGUCAAAGGAGACAAGAGUGCAGCCAACGUGAUGGAAGAGUGUGAUAUGAGUGACGAAGACAGCUGACAAGAAGGAUGUGCACUUUGUCAAAACUGUCACAACACUAGUUUUCAUAAACACAAAGUCCAUGUCAUGCUGUUUUUGUGGUCUCAGAAAAUGUGCAAGAGCAUCCAUGUAGAUAGAAUUUGUACACGUGUAUUAUUGUAUGUACACAACCACUUGAGGGCGCCCUUCACAAGCAACUAGUGACAACCCAUGUUUGAGUAAUAAUGUAUGCUGCCUACUGGGAAAUGCUCUUUAUACUCAAGGUCGAUUCAUAAAAGAACUGUUAACCAAAGUAUGUGUAAUUGAAUGUUUUAAUCAAAGAGAAAAACAGGUAGAGAAAAAUUCAAAACCAAGUUCAACCUACGUAAAUGUUGUGAUCCAUAGUUCAAAAAUUUUGUCUGGCAAUUUUUUUCUUAUUUCCAAACGUUUUUGGAAGAAGAUAGCCUCUGUAGCUUGUCUCCCACAAAAUAAAAUCCACCUAACAGUGCUGUCGCACUGGAGUUUUAAAUUCUCAUUAGCUUUGAACAUGGAUCAAACUGGCAGAAUAUCCGUAGCGAGACACAGUGACGUCAUAGUUGAUUUGCAUAUCAAUACCUUUACAUUCCUCGUCAACCACCCAAGCCUUAUAGUGGUCCUAGGUAUUAAAUACCCCACCUCCAAUUAGGCUAGAGGGCCUGAUCAUCACAAAACCACUCACACCUGGUUAUAUAUAUUUAAUUAUGGCCGGAUGGAGCGCUGUUUUCUUUGGAAAAUAAAAAUCAAUGGGUAAAAUUGA